AUGCGCCACAUGGGCUCACCAUCAAAGAAACAAGCACGGCCUAUACUCCUUGCAUGUACGCAGUGUAGACUUAGGCACCUUAGAUGCGACGGCACACUGCCGCAAUGCACGCGCUGUUUGGCGUCUAACGCUUCUUGUGAAUAUUUGAAGUCGCGCCGUGGAGGGAAAAAGAAACAAAAGUCUUCUGGCGAGUUCAGCCGCAAUCUGGUGCAGCCAUCUGCCCCGAUUAAACAACCAGUGACUCUAGGGGAACCAAAUGGCCUGGGACCAAUCGGUGCGUUUAGAGACGAUAUCGGCUCUCAAGGCUCCCAUUCCAAUUCGGCAACCCCUCCAGUCGACGACAAUAAUAGUGAAAAACAUGUUUCCUCGCCGACCUUAUCGGGCACAUUGAACACCUCAUGGGAUCAAGCGUAUAGCGACACAGGCUCGACGGAACCCACACUCGCCGGCCUGUUCUACGAGCACUUCCACAGGGCCCAUCCAAUUUUAGUCUCACAAGAUCUUUAUCAUACACGCCAAUACCCGGCGUACCUAAUAAGUAUUGUCAACUUGAUAGGUAGCCGAUUUCUUGCUCCAGACAGAGCGGCUGCCAGUCUUCCCAAUUUAAUACAAAGCAUCCAAUCCUCCCAGGAUGGAACAGUAUGCUUGGUGCAGGCCAGGCUGUUAUUUUCGGUCUUCCUCUGCGGGGAAGGAGAGAUGGAGCUUGCAAAAUCAAUUUUUGUCUCUGCGCGGGACCUGGCCAUCGAACUUCAGAUGUAUCGAUAUGAAAUUCUUGAAACGUACUUUCUACCUUACGGCGAGCUUGAGCGAGAAAGCUUCAAAAGGACAUGGUGGGAGCUUUAUGUUGCAGACGGCCAUAUGACGGCCAUAUGGCCUGAACUGGGGUUCUUGACAAGCACGCUGGACUGCAAUGUUCCUAUCGCUUGCGAUGAGACCCCCGACGGAUCGCAACAUACGGCGCGGACGCCUCUCGAUAUUCAAUUUCGUCCCGACAUCGUCUUGACCGAGGAGGACGGGGCACGUUUGCCAGCAUGGUGGUUCCGUAUCAAAGCCGUCAGUCUUCUAGGCAAGGUCAUCUCACAAGCCCGCAACCAGACCGAUAAUGCAAAAGCACAAUCGGCUAUGAAUGCACUAGCCACCUGGCGACUCUUAUUACCGGAAGACAAAUUGACUCUUAUGGACCCAUACGGAAAAGUCAAUGAGCUCAUGUUUGAAGCUGAAGUCAUGGUACAAUUCGCAACUAUUCUACUGCAUUUCUCUCGCAGCAAUCUGAACCAGAAUGUUUUCAUAUCAACAACAGUCCAUACUAUAGGACCCGACCUACCUAUUCGAUCUUGCACAAAGGAGGUGCAUGGUAUAAAGGCUACCGAGGCAUCAAAGGAAAUAUCUAAUCUAUUCUCGAUUUAUCCUUCUAUGGCGAAAUGCUCUCCCUUGAUGAUCUCUUGUUUGUCGCUGUGCGGUAUGGUGCAGCUAGCGACAUGUUAUGCACAUGCUCCAAUCCGGAACUGUCUCGAAAUACAUCGUGAUCGGGUUUCUCUCCUGAUCGGUGUUCUCGGAUCCAGUGGGCGAGUCUGGCAACAAGCCAAGAACGCCCAGAGCGUAUUAAAAAACGCCGCUCUAGAGACAUUCAAGCUGCUCCAACCGUCCAACCCCCCUCGGAGAACUCGCAACUCGGCAAUCCUAAUUUGGAUCCAGCAAAUGCUAACUCGCCAACAUUCCGCGAAGGAAGCUGGCUCCCCGUUGAAUUAUCUAAUGGGACCCAGGAGAUUGGUCCAUGGCCUUGGCUGUGGUUGA